AUGGUCUUGCCUCACGAACCCGAGUUCCAACAAGCUUACAACGAGUUGUUGUCUGCCCUUGAAGACUCCACUCUCUUCACUGAGAAGCCAGAGUACAAGAAGGUUAUUCCUGUUGUGUCUGUCCCAGAGAGAAUCAUCCAAUUCCGUGUCGCUUGGGAGAACGACCAAGGUGGAAUCGAGGUUAACAACGGUUUCAGAGUGCAAUUCAACUCUGCCCUUGGUCCAUACAAGGGUGGUUUGAGAUUCCACCCAAGUGUCAACUUGUCCAUCUUGAAAUUCUUGGGUUACGAGCAAAUUUUCAAGAACGCUUUGACCGGUUUGACCAUGGGUGGUGGUAAGGGUGGUUCUGACUUCAACCCAAAGAACAGAUCCGACUCUGAGAUCAGAAGAUUCUGUGUCGCUUUCAUGAGACAAUUGGCCAGAUACAUUGGUGCUGACACCGAUGUCCCAGCUGGUGACAUUGGUGUUGGUGGCCGUGAGAUCGGUUUCCUCUUCGGUGCUUACAAGUCCAUGCAAAACAACUUCACCGGUGUUUUGACCGGUAAGGGUUUGACUUGGGGUGGUUCUUUGAUCAGACCUGAGGCCACCGGUUACGGUUGUGUCUACUACGUCGAGAAGAUGAUCGAGAAGGCUACCCAAGGUAAGGAGACCUUCAAGGGUAAGAGAGUUGCCAUCUCUGGUUCCGGUAACGUUGCCCAAUACGCUGCCUUGAAGGUUAUCGAGCUCGGCGGUACCGUCGUCUCUUUGUCCGACUCCAAGGGUGCCAUUAUUGUUCAAGAGGGUAUUACCCCAGAGCAAAUCGCUCAAGUCCAAGACGCUAAGGUCAAGUUCCAGACUUUGGAGCAGAUCAUUGGCUCCGCUUCUGCUUUCUCUGGCAAGAAGGUUGAGUACAUCGCUGGUGCUCGUCCAUGGGUCCACGUUGGCCAAGUUGACGUUGCCUUGCCAUCUGCUACCCAAAACGAGGUUUCCGGUGAGGAGGCCAAGGCUCUUGUUGAGGCUGGCUGUAAGUUCAUCGCCGAGGGAUCCAACAUGGGUUCCACCAAGGAGGCCAUCGAUGUUUUCGAGGCCAGCAGAGCUCAAGGUGUCUGGUACGCCCCAGGUAAGGCCGCCAACUGUGGUGGUGUUGCCGUUUCUGGUUUGGAGAUGGCCCAAAACUCCCAGAGAGUUCAAUGGACCGAGGAGGAGGUUGACAACAAGUUGAAGAACAUCAUGUACACUUGUUUCGAGAACUGUUACGACACUGCCGUCAAGUACUCUGUUGACAAGGAUGCUGGUUUGCCAUCUUUGUUGAAGGGUGCUAACAUUGCUGGUUUCAUCAAGGUUGCCGACGCUAUGUUCCACCAAGGUGACGUUUUCUAG